UUGCCUUACUGCAGUGUGUAUAUAUGAGCGAGGCGACGGUUGUUUUGGGAAUCUCGGAAGAGUUGCGGCAAGGUCGAUAGAGCAUCCUACUCUUAAAAAAACAUCACAUCGCCGAUUUUAUUCGCUUUCGUACAAGUGUGCGGAAAGCUAGAGGACCGAGAGGCUACUCGGAGAUUUCAUCUCUUGAUGAGUAGCGUUGGCUAGGGCUGAAAGUUGAUGCCUUUUUUUAAUCUCUGAGAGUGUAUACUGAGACAGCUAGCAAGCCAUCCUUCUCCAUUUGUAUCUCUGCAUGAUUUGUGGUUGUGCUACCUUUUUGAGAGGCAGAAGUGGCAUUCGGCUUUUUCUGAAUUCGAAAGCACCGCGUUUCUCUGGGACCAACUAUCCAGACGGUCUUCCACCACUUGGGCGGUACCAGGAGUGUGAGCUGACUACUUAUAUGUCGGAAAGAACCGGGGUUUAGAAGCAGUGUACUUUUGCUAUUGCACACGAGUUGUGCCGGACAUUUAGCUAGGAUUUUUCCCCCCCUUAAAAGGUCCUUCAUUUACCGGUAAUAUUUGCAAUGUCGGCGCCAUCCUCCUUGCCUCCUGCCCAGGGAGAGAACCCCGCGCCAGAAAAUGAGGGUCUGGCCGUGGAUACAGGUUUGAAGCCCGCCGGCCCGACACCCAGCUCGAGUCGGUUCCAGGUGGACCUGGUGGCCGAAGCAGCCGGUGCCGCUGACAAAACGCUCGCAUCUGGCGAUAAAGACGCUCCCGCACCCGAAGGUUCGGAGCCAGCGGCGGGUGGCGAGGAGGCAAAGGGUCGGUUCCGUGUGGUGAACUUUGUAGAUCCGAGUGGAGCAAGCCCACCAGAAGCAGUGCCCGCUGAAGGUUUCCAGAAUGGAGACACCGUGAUGAGUGAGGGCAGCCUACAUUCUUCGACAGGAGGCCAACAUCACUACCAUUACGACACCCAUACAAACACCUAUUACCUAAGGACUUUUGGUCACAACACCAUCGAUGCCGUGCCGAACAUCGACUUCUACCGGCAAACUGCUGCGCCUCUGGGGGACAAGCUGAUAAGACCCACCCUUUCGGAGCUGCAUGACGAGCUAGACAAAGAGCCGUUUGAGGAUGGCUUCGCCAACGGGGAUGAGCUCACCCCGGCCGAGGAGGCCGCAGCCAAGGAGGCGUCCGAGCCCAAGGGAGCAGUCAAGUUCGGAUGGAUCAAAGGGGUGCUGGUGCGCUGCAUGUUGAACAUUUGGGGCGUGAUGCUCUUCAUCCGCAUGUCAUGGAUCGUGGGACAGGCGGGAAUUGUUCUCUCCUGUGUGAUCGUUCUCAUGGCAACAGUUGUGACCACCAUCACCGGCCUUUCGACCUCAGCGAUUGCGACCAACGGCUUUGUACGAGGAGGAGGGGCGUACUAUUUGAUAUCAAGAAGUUUGGGCCCAGAGUUUGGCGGCUCCAUCGGUUUGAUCUUCGCCUUUGCCAACGCUGUGGCCGUCGCCAUGUACGUGGUGGGCUUUGCCGAAACCGUUGUGGAGCUCCUUGCGAGCGUGGAUUGCAUCAUGACUGAUGAAAUCAAUGACAUCCGAAUCGUCGGAACCAUCACAGUCAUCCUUCUCCUGGGUAUCUCCGUGGCAGGAAUGGAAUGGGAGGCCAAGGCUCAGAUUUUCCUGCUGGUUGUUCUGAUCACGGCCAUCUUUAACUACUUUAUUGGCUCCUUCAUCCCCCUCCAGUCCAAGGAGUCGCAGGGCUUCUUCGGCUACGACAGUGGGAUUAUGAUGGAGAACAUGGGUCCGGACUUCCGGGGCACAGAAUCAUUUUUCUCAGUCUUUGCCAUAUUCUUCCCUGCAGCCACUGGCAUUCUGGCCGGUGCCAACAUCUCAGGAGACCUUUCUGACCCACAACUGGCCAUCCCAAGAGGAACACUCUUGGCCAUUCUUAUCACCGGUAUUGUCUACCUGGGUGUUGCAAUUUCUACUGGCUCAUGCAUCGUGAGAGACGCAACAGGAAACGCCAACGACACUCGCAGUACCCAGAUCAUGGCUAACUGCACCGACGCCGCCUGCAAGUUUGGCUACGACUUCUCCUCCUGCAAGAGUGACGACGGCCUGUACAACUGCAGAUAUGGACUCCAGAACGACUUCCAGGUCAUGAGCAUCGUGUCUGGUUUCGGACCCAUCAUCACCGCCGGGAUCUUCUCCGCCACUCUGUCCUCUGCUCUGGCGUCUCUGGUCAGCGCCCCCAAAGUAUUCCAGGCUUUAUGCAAAGACAACAUCUACCCUGGCCUGGAGAUGUUUGCCAAGGGCUACGGCAAAAACAAUGAGCCCCUCCGCGGCUACAUUCUCACGUUUUGCAUCGCUCUAGCCUUCAUCCUUAUUGCCCAGUUGAAUAUUAUCGCUCCCAUCAUCUCCAACUUCUUCCUGGCCUCCUAUGCUCUCAUCAACUUCUCUGUGUUCCACGCCUCUCUGGCCAACUCGCCAGGAUGGCGCCCCAGCUUCAAGUACUACAACAUGUGGGUGUCCCUGGCCGGAGCCGUGCUGUGCUGCGUGGUCAUGUUCGUCAUCAACUGGUGGGCAGCCUUGAUGACCAACGUCAUUGUCAUGGGCCUCUACAUCUACGUGAGCUACAAGAAGCCCGAUGUGAACUGGGGCUCUUCCACUCAGGCUCUGACAUACCACCAGGCCCUGACCCACAGUCUGCAUCUCAGCAGUGUUGAGGACCACAUCAAGAACUUCAGACCUCAGUGCUUAGUGAUGACGGGCUACCCCAACUCGCGUCCGGCUCUGCUCCACCUGGUCCACGCUUUCACCAAGAAUGUGGGCCUGAUGAUCUGUGGCCAUGUUCGCACGGGCUCCAGAAGGCCCAACUUCAAAGAGCUGUCCAAUGACCAGACACGUUACCAGCGCUGGUUGAUGAAGAACGAGACCAAGGCAUUCUACACACCCGUGUUCGCUGAGGACAUUCGGGAGGGCACCCAGUAUCUGCUACAGGCGGCUGGGCUCGGUCGUCUGAGGCCCAACACUCUGGUGAUUGGCUUCAAGAACGACUGGAAGGACGGAGACAUGAUGAACGUUGAGACCUACAUCCAGAUGAUCCAUGAUGCGUUUGACUAUCAGUACGGUGCCGUGGUCCUCAGACUGAAGGAGGGUCUGGACGUGUCCCACAUCUCAGAACAAGAUGACCUGCUGUCGUCGCAGGAGAAGACGUCGGGGAUGAAGGAUGUGGUGGUGUCCAUCGACAUGAAGGACUCUGACGGAGACUCAUCCAAGCCCUCGUCCAAAGCCACCAGCGUCCAGAACAGCCCAGCCAUCCAGAAAGGUGACGAUGAUGAACGCAAAGCCGCAACGAAGCCGCUGUUGAGAAAAGAGAAAAGCCCCCAGACGUUGAACGUGGCCGACCAGAGGCUCCUGGACGCCAGUCGGCUGUUCAAGAGGAAACAAGGCAAAGGCACCGUGGACGUGUGGUGGCUCUUUGACGACGGCGGCCUCACCCUGCUCAUCCCCUAUCUGCUCACCAACAAGAAGAAGUGGAAUGACUGCAAGAUCCGUGUCUUCAUCGGCGGCAAGAUCAACAGGAUCGACCACGACCGCAGAGCGAUGGCCACACUUCUCAGCAAGUUCAGGAUAGACUUCUCCGACAUCAAUGUACUGGGAGACAUCAACACCAAGCCCAAAAAAGAGAAUGUGACUGCCUUUGAGGAGAUGAUUGAGCCGUACCGGCUGAAGGAGGACGACAUGGAGCAGGAUACAGCAGAGGCACUGAAGGCCAGCGAGCCCUGGAGGAUCACAGACAACGAGCUGGAGCUCUACAGGGCCAAGACUAAUCGUCAGAUCAGACUGAACGAACUGCUGAAGGAGCACUCGAGCACAGCCAACCUCAUUGUCAUGAGCAUGCCCCUGGCCAGAAAGGGAGCCGUAUCCAGUGCUCUCUACAUGUCCUGGUUGGAGACUCUGUCCAAGGACCUGCCUCCCCUCCUCCUGGUACGAGGCAACCACCAGAGCGUCCUCACCUUCUACUCUUAAAAUCACACACGCCGCCUCUGGGACCGCCCACACCUCCUAUCCCAGUGCCCUAAGAGACACACAUACACUCCAAUGAAGGUAGAAACCGUAGCCAUUGAUAAUAAUGAUGAUAAUAAAGGAUAUGGUGUUGCUCUGGAGGUCCAGCCUCUUAUGUGAAAGGGGUCGGUCGGGGGGGUCCGCACUACUCUUUUCAAAUUGUACACAGCACACGAAAGAAGUGAACAAUUUUAAUUUACUCAAAGUUGAUUUCCUCUGGCUUGAAAGCAUCUGUUCAUGUGAUUCACACAUCGUUAUUAUCAUUAUUAUCAUUAUUGUUAUUAUUCAGAUUCUUCUCGAUGUCACGUUUUUAAGUUAGAUCAUUUUUGCUUUUUUCAAAGCAGCAAUAAUCGCCCUCUAAUUUUUCCUUUUCUUGUGUUGGGAGAGAACCAUACCGAAUGCUUUGCUACUCCUUUUAUAGCCUUAUGGAUGUGCCUUCCAGUUGGAAUCAAAGGAAUUAAAUUAUGAAUCGCUCUACCCAGAUUGAAUGGUAUGAAUAAUAUAGAUGGAUAAGUUAUUUUGUUAUUGAGUUUUAAAUGUUUUUUUUUUUUUUGAGGAAUGUUUUUAUGCGAGUGGAUUGUAAGGUUAGCAGAGUCUCUCCACUUGAUGGAACAAAAAGCUUUCUAGUGUUUAUUUCUCCUCCCUAAACGGUUUCCUAUUGUUUUCUGACCACCUGAUUUAAUUUUUCUCCACAUUUGUAUUUGUCUUCCUUCAAGCUGUGGAAAUUAAACAGUGUUCUUAGUGCAGUACCCUCUACCUACUUUAUAGUAGACACAAUCAACUUCAACUCUGAAAGGUGAUUUGGUUGGUGCCCAAGAAUGGUCUCUUAACAGAAAGAUAUCUGCAGGUCUACACUUGGAAGGUCCCAGGGGUCACAACAGAAAGAUAUCUGCAGGUCUACACUUGGAAGGUCCCAGGGGUCACAACAGAAAGAUAUCUGCAGGUCUCCACUUGGAAGGUCCCAGGGGUCACAACAGAAAGAUAUCUGCAGGUCUACACUUGGAAGGUCCCAGGGGUCACAACAGAAAGAUAUCUGCAGGUCUCCACUUGGAAGGUCCCAGGGGUCUUACCACCAUGCUGUCAGAAAUGACUGGGUUUAGCUUCGGAUUAGCCUCAUCAUGCCAGUUGUCUCUCAAAAGCUGCUAAAGCGAACAAGUGUUUCAACCAAAAGCAGCAAAACCCUGGGCUGAGUUCUUAGUCCACGUCCCCGUAGGUUCCCCUUAUUGACGUCUGUCCUCAGUGGAAUCGAUGGGCUGAAUCCUAAUUUGAGACUCUACAAUUUUACUCAAACUUUUUGCGGAAUUUGUGUAUUGAUGUCUGAAGGAGACUUCAAAGUCUGAGUUGGUUAAUUCAUAUCUCAAGUUAGGACUCUGCCCCUCAGGUCCCCCACAUUGGAGUGACUACAAAGGAACCGGUCUGGCCCUUACAACCGAAUUAAGACUUUGCCUUAACUUUGCUGAGUGUCUUUGUUCAGAGUUUGAGUUAGUUCCGUGUUCAAAAGAGGGGAAAUUGUAGGUAAAAGCUAUGGAUUAGCAUGUUUCAAGAGGGAACUGAUACAUGCCUCUAUGCAGAUGCGCUGUAAUCAUUACUUGUUAUAAAAGCCCAUAACUGGUUUAUUUGAAAGGUUCCACUGUCCCUCAGUUCAUUUUUGGACUAUUUAGUCUGGUCCUUAAACCUAUUGUCGGCCCACUUUGCCAUUGUUCCGGGAGAGUAAAAAUUGUAGUCAUAAGGCCAACCACGUCAUUGCCCCGCUCUUACCUAGUUCUCAUAAUUUUAUGCAAUUAAAGUUUUUUUAGUUUUUUUGGGGGGCAGGAGGCUUGGGUCAGUUGAAUGUAAAUCUGAUUAACACUAAAGUGGACGUUGAUGAAAGGAUGGUCUCUUUCUGUUGCUUUUAUUUUCAAGUACUGCCAUGUUGAGUUUUUGCUACAAGCUACAGGUUUUUUUAGAUUUCAGUCCCACAUGGAAAUCCACAUGCAGUGUGCUUUGCAGUUCAGGUUCAUUAUACUAUUACCACCCACACGACUGCAGCUCCCCAUGCUGUGUUCUUUAUCUAGACCAUGACUACACCAUGUGAUUAUGAAUUAAUAUAUAUAUAUAUAUAUAUAUAUAUAUCGUGUGUGUGUAUAUAUACAUAUAUGUAUACAUAUAUACAUGCUUUGCACAUUUGCAAAGCAUGUCAUUAUCUUCUUUUUGUCUUCUUUUUUUUAACGGGUGGGGGAUUGUACAUCUUUUUAGAAGCCAGAUGGUACAAUCUCACUAACCAAGAUAUGUUCUGUGUACUGGUGUGUAAAGCACUCAACCCUCAGUUAUUGUUACAAAGCGACAAUGUUACAAACAAAAACACGGGUUACUCUACAUUUUAUAUUUAAAUAUAUGAAUAAGAAAAGAUGUAUCAAUCCAACCGGGCGGGGCUCUUUGUCGUCGAUGUCACGUAAAAAUACAAAAAAAACUUGCUAUCGAUAUGUCACAACCAAAUAAGGUGCGUUCUUUCUUUUUUUUUUUAUGUGUGAGGAGUGUAAUACUGUAACAUCCUCUCAAUGUCAUUAUUUAGCAGAAACUUGACACUACUGUGCUCUAUCCAAGAGACCAAAACAUGUCACCUGCAACUGGUAUCCACGCCAUGUUGAAACUUCUUUAUCCUCUUUGUAUUUGUAGCCAAAGCCCCCCCCUCUUCUUCCUCACCCCCUCCAUCUGUCUUGAGUUGUUGUGAGCCAUGACAAUGGAUGAAGAAAAGCAUUGGUCAAAAAUUCUCAUGACUCAGAACCCUUAGUUCACACUGUAACUCGAAGAAAAACUAACAUGUAAAUAAAAGUAGUCUAACUAGGUAAAUUAAGGGAGUAGAAUAUUAAUGGCAAGUUAAUAAGGAGAAAGAUAUAUAUUUAUUUUAGUUUAGAAUUCUCCAAGUUUUUUUCCUUUCUGUUUUAAAUUAAUUUGCAUGUUCAUUUUUGCGUUUUGAUCAACAACAAAAAAUCAGUUUCUCUUUUUCAGUCUGGACAUUUCUAUCUUUUAUAUGCCUUUGAACGAAAAGUUGUGUUGACAAAGCAGUUUAAAGAUGUUUUCUCCUGCUCUUCCAUCUGGGUAGAUGUGAUCUACCUAGUUGGUUGAAACAGUAAUGUUUGAUAUACUGUACUGUUAACUGUCACAGAUGUUUUUUUUCUAACAUUUUAACAUUUAAGGUUACCAAUACUUUGUACAUCUAUUGCAAUAAAUAAAUUAAAUGAAUCAAUCGUUAUUAAA